CACACGGGGAUAUGAAAGCAAAACCGGUUUUUCUCUAGACUCUUCCCUUGUACCUGUUAAAAUCUUUGUCACUGUGAUCAUUAAUGGCCACCGCUGAACCUGAAGUUCCAGUCACUGAGCAGCAGCCGGCGGCAGCAGAGGAGCCAAAGCCGGCGGAAAAGCCUGUGAAGGAGAAGAGAUCCAAAGCUCCAAAGGAGAAAAAGCCUAAACAACCCAAAUCCACAGCACGUCCUCCUUAUUUUCAGAUGAUCAAGGAGGCGCUUUUGGCUUUGAAAGAGAAGAGUGGUUCAAGUCCGUACGCUAUAGCCAAAUACAUGGAAGAGAAGCACAAGGCGGUGCUUCCAGCGAAUUUCAGGAAAAUCUUAGGUCUUCAGCUUAAAACCUCAGCUGCUAGAGGCAAGCUGAUAAAGAUCAAGGCCUCUUACAAGCUCUCCGAAGCUGGCAAAAAAGAGAAAGCCCCUGUUACAAAAGCUAAGACAGAGAAGAAAGCUAAGCCAGCUUCGAAGCCGAAGAAAGCUGAGGCUACAAAGAAGCCAACAAAGAGAGUCGGGGCCAAGAAGAAAUCAACUCCAGCAAAGGCGAAGCAGCCUAAAUCUAUCAAGUCACCUGCGGCUAAAAAGGCCAAGAAGGCCGCUGCUUAGAACAAAUGUGUAGGAGGCCACUUUAGGUUUUAUAUGUAAUCAGUAACUUAUCUUUGUGAAUACAUGGUUGUUAGUUCGGUGCUUGUGUUAAGGAAAUAGUGGGGGUGGUUGUUUGAUCUUUUGAUCUGCAAUGGAGAAGUGACUUUUUUGGUAUGUAUGAAUAACGUAGAAUGGCCAGACUGUUGUGAAUCCCCGUAUAACUGUGUUGAAAUGGCAGUUAAUAAUGGAGAAAUACCAUGACCAAAAACUUCUAUA